AUGGGCCGGCUUCAAGAAGAAGUUCCUGGAGAAGUACUUUCCGCGAUCCUGUCGGAACGAGAAGAUUGCGCAGUUCCUAAAACUGGAAUAGGGGACUAUGACAGUUGCCUAGAAGCAAUGCAAGUAGAAGGCUACUCAGAUCAGAUAGCCCUGGCUGCCAUGAUAGCCAGUCUCAGAGAAGGAAGAUUUCUCUUCUCAAUAGACAUGAACCCUCCGACAUCCUUAGUCAAUUUCCUUAACCGAGCCAAGAAAUACUCCAACGUCGAGGAGCUUUUUAGCUCACGAAAGGCCACCGAAAGUGUCGAGAUCUUGGCUAAGGACAAGAAAUGCAAAGAGGAGGUCCUCAUGGAAGUUCGCGACAAGAGGAUCCUGAGGUGGCCAAAUAGGAUGAAGACCGAUGCUAACAAAAGGGACAAGAGGAAGUAUUGCCACUUCCAUUGUGACCACGGUCAUGCCACCAACGAUUACUUCAACUUCAAAGAAGAGAUUGAAGCCCUCAUCCCUAAUGGACAACUGCAUGAGUAUGUCUAUAGAAGGAGGGAGGAGCGACCAGAUCAAAGGAUCGAACAGUAUAGCCAUCGGAAUGAUAAAAAAGAAACAGGAGAUAUCCGCGCCAUAUUCGCUGGGCCCGUGGGAGGAGGUGACUCUAACAGGGCACGCCAAACUCAUGCUAGGAGCAUAAGCAGUGGUAGUUUGGAGCAUCACAUUAACCUUACUAGCAGACUCCCGAAAGAACAGAAGAUAAUCCUUUGCAACCUGACGUUCACCGAAGAGGAAGCCCAAGGAGUCCACCAUCCGCACGAUGAUGUCCUAGUAAUGGCAAUGACGAUAGCUAAUUGCAAAGUGCACCUCAUCUUAGUGGACACAGCAGUUCAGUCGACAUCCUCUUUUCCGUUGCCUUUGACAAGAUGGGAAUCGAUAGAUCCCGACUCCAACCCAUCUGAACUCCUUUGCUCGGAUUCACAGGAGAGAACGUCACCUCCAAAGGAAGUAUACAACUUCCGGUGA